AUGACGCCGAACGGAGGGCAAGGUGGUAACAGUGCAAUUGAAAGCGCAGCUACACUUGCCAAUAGUCUCUCAAAGCUCCUUCAGGAAAAUACUUCACCUCAAACUCAUGAUCUUGCCGAUUGUCUUCAAUCAUGGCAGAGUGGCCGUCGUCCGCGAGUCACGAAGAUUUGGAAUUCCGCGAACGAUCUCACUAGAUUGGAGGCUUGUGCAACUUUUAAGCAUAAGGUCAUCGGAAACUACUUGCUGCCCUAUUUGAAUAACGUAUUGCUUGAUAAGUCAUCUAGUUCUAUCGUUGGUGCGGCUAAGUUGGAUUCUGUGCCUUUGCCACCUAGGUCUUUACGUGCAAGUAUGCCGUAUACCAAUCAGACUGUGGUUCAAGUUUUGGAUGAAGUCAGUCUCUGUAAUAGAGUCCUUCUACACAAGCUAUGCAUACCGCUUUUUGUAUGCUUCAUUGCUGCUCUGGUCACUAUGACACCUCUGAUCACCAAAGUUGGGCAUGGGCGGGGAUACCCUUGA